UGGCACCGCUGGCCUGGUUAUUGGGCAGUCUGUAUGCGCGUGGGGUUUAUUUUGUUGAGGUAUAUUUAAAAAUUGUCUGCCGAAGUAUAAUCGUGUCAAAAACAAAAAGAGGCAAACACGGAGCUACGAAUUGAAUGACAUCGAAUAUUCCGUGUAUUUGAAGUGACUCUGACAGGAAUUUGGGUCUUAGGAUGACUGAAGAAAAACAGCCCAAAGCUUCACCUCCGACAGAUUCUCAAUCAAGUACACCAGAUGCUGCGAACAAGCCCAAGGAUAACAAGAAAGAUAAAUGCCGUCCCAUGACCAAAGUCGUUGUUCGGCGGCUCCCGCCUUCCAUGACCCAGGAACAAUUUAUUGAGCAAAUCUCACCGCUGCCUGACCACGAUUACAUGUAUUUUGUAAAGGCGGAUUUGUCGUUGGGUCAGCACGCAUUUACCCGAGCCUACAUAAACUUCAUCGAGCAACAGGACAUAUUCAUAUUCAGGGAAAAGUUUGAUAAUUACGUAUUUGUCGACGCCAAGGGUACCGAGUAUCCAGCUGUGGUUGAGUUCGCUCCUUUCCAAAGACUUCCCAAGAAAAGAGUUGGCAAGAAAAAGGAUCAGAAAUGUGGCACGCUCAAGACAGAUCCCUAUUACCUUAGCUUUCUUGAAUGCCUCAAAAAUCAGGAGGCUGAAUCGGGCUUAAGUCAGCCUAAAACCGAGUACUCCUAUCAACCAUCUGAUGGAUUAUCCAAAAAGGUUACAACGACUCCACUUUUAGAAUUUUUGAAACUACGUAAGCAAGAAAAGCAGCGGCUGCGUGAUGAGAAGCGCGAAGAAAGACGACGCAGAGAUUUGGAGAGGCGAAGAGCUAAAGAUGAAUUAACAAUAUCUAAGGUAUUGAAAAAUCCCGACCUUGGCAAAGAGACGAGCAAGGAAACGAAAGAAACCAAAGAUGAGAAAGAAAAGCUGUCACCUAAAGAAGGAAAGAGUCGUAACAAAAAAGAAGAGAAACAACGUGACAAGCCUGCGAGAGAAAGGGAUUCAAAAAUUUCGGGGAAAAACUUUAAAGACAGGGAGGUAAAACAUCAGCGAAGAAACGAAGACAAAAAAUCCUCUGUUAGAAAAGAGGAAAGAGAAAAUUCGAAGGAAGAUAGGAGAAUUGAAUCCAAGGAAGAACGCAGAAAUGAAACAAGAGAAGAAGACAGAGAAAGUGAAGUUAAAGAUAAAAGAGUAGAAGAAAAGCGUGGGAAAAGUUAUGAAAAAAUGAGACAAGAGAAGAAAAGGUUAGCUGAGGCUAAGCGGCAGAACAUAGAAACUGGAUCUGAGCCUAGUAAUGCUAGUAAACCAAAAAAGGAGGAGCGUGAAUCGUUUUCAAGGAAAGAUAAAAAAUCAGAGACUGUUCUGAAUGUGAUAAAGGCUGAGAAAAUUCAAAUUCUCAAGGAUGAAGUGAAGAAGAAAGAAGAGAAGUCCAAACCUAAACCUGAACCAGAAAUAGAAUGUAAGGAAUCUCAAGAAGAACUAAGUGAGACUUACGAAAUUAAAACACAAAGCGAAAUACAUGAUAGAGAAAUCGAAGCGUUAACUUCACCCGAAGAACAUCUUGCAGACUCGGCCAAAUCUAAAUCAAAUGACCAUAUCGAUUCUGAAAGUAUUUAUAUAACCGAUUUAGGUAUGCAGGAAGGCACAAAGGUAAUGAAGAGACGGAGUUCACUGGAGAGCGGUGGGGAGGGAGGUGGUGGUGAUGGGGCAACCCUUAGGCGGCAUAAAUCGCUGGAUGGAGGUGAUCAAUGUAGUUUAAAAAAAGAUGGGAAAAAUGACAAGGAAAAAUCCAAGAAAGACCCGAGACAAGAGCGAAGGAUCAGAAACAAGGAUCGGCCAGCAAUGGAAAUUUACAGACCUGGCAUGGGAAAAUUCAGUAAACAGCGAUUAGAACGCGAAAAGUCGACCAACGAUGAACGAGCUUCUCUUUCUCAGAGCCCAACUCCAAGCCCCAUUCCCUCAACAGCUGUCAAACCAAGUAAACCUGCGACUGAAGUUAGAUCAAUGACUUUUAAGCGUAGCCUCAGCCGCGAUCUACCUUAGAUAUCCCAUUUCGCAUUCGUUUACUAAAUAGUAGUUGCAUCACUUUUUAGCCGUUUUCUAAUCGCGCAACGUUCUUCAAGAUACUAUAAAAGUACGGUGUUAUACAUAACAGUUUUCGAUCGGAUUUGUCAUCGCUCUUAAAUGACGGUUAGGACAAUACAUAUUUUUAUGUAUAUUGUAGUUUAUAAUGAUUGUAUCCAUGUAUAUUAUAUUUUCUUUUUGUACUUUCCAUCAGAAACAAUGAUCAUGCCCACUCAGUCGUCAAAUGUUAGUGUGGUAUUGUUGAAAAAAAUUUUUCUCAUUUAACUGAAAAAUUUCAGAUUAAUAGAUAUCAUGUUGUUAUUGUCAUUAUUUACGGAAAAACUCCUCUGUCUCUUGAUUUUGAGUUACUCAUUGCAAACCACAGGGUAAAAAAGUCGGCGAUAAUUUCCAAGAUAAAAUAAUGACAUGGAUGUAAAUAAUAUUGUAUCAUUUUUUUUUAGUUUCCUUUCCAAAGGUUCGUUAUCGCAAGUGGUUUAUCUGUUCCUUCAUAACAUUCUCUAUAUUGGUUGCAUAUAAAAGUGUCUGUUACGAUAAUUGAUAAAAUAAAUAAAAGAUGUGUCUUUUUCAAUUAUCGACUAAUUUAAUACUUCAUCUUUUGAUUUCUACCCGUUAAUGAAGCAACAGCUAAAUAUAUU